UUUUUUUUUUACUCUUGUCAUUAGAAUAGAAUGAAGCCUUUUGGUAGUGAACUAGUGAUUGGGUUGUUGGCUAUUGGUCUCAAUUAUGUUGGUACUUUCAAGUUACCUAGUACUUCUCUUUUAAAAGACCCUGUUCAGACAUUAUCCACAACAGUCCCUGUUUUAUUUGUUGGACACAUAUUGUUGAUCGUCUUGUCUCAUUUACUUCGAGGCACUCUACAUGCAUCACCUAAAGCAGUAGGUUAUGGUGUGUUUGUUACAUUACUUGCUAUAGGUGUCUUGCAUGUAUUGACAGUUUUGUUUGGUGCUCCUUUAAUAGAGAAAAUCCCUAAUACAUUCUUGUUUGCUGCUUAUCUAUCUGUUUUGACCAUCAUGCCUUGCUUUGAAUCAUUACAAGAGAAUGUUUGGACCAAAGUAUUUUUACAGCAUAGUCCUACUACAACUUCUGAAAUUUAUGCGUAUACUCAAGCUAUUUGUGCACUCUCAGGUGCUUGGAUUGGUGCUAUUGUGUUGCCACUUGAUUGGGAUAGAGAAUGGCAAGCAUGGCCAAUUUCUUGUAUUAUUUCUACUUAUGUGGGUCAUUCAGUAGGUGUUGUUGCUGCCUUUGUUUGGUCUUCUUUAAAGACUUUAUUUGGUAAAAAGAAGAGUGAAUAAUAUAAUUUGUACAUGGGCUUCAUGAUAUAUACAUAUACAUAUACAUAUAUACAUAUAUAUAAAGAAAAGAAAGAAAAAAAGAUUUACAAAUGAUAUAUAUAUAUAUAUAUAUAUAUAUAAAAGGGAUGUGUACUAUGUAUAAUU